UAGCACCUUGACUUCAUCAUCACUCCUACAACGCCCUGGCAAGUACGAGGCCUGUGCUGCCGCAGACUUUGAGGCUAGUCCGCUUGCAUCGCCAGCUCCUCACAUUCCUUGCCGGACCGUCACCUCAGCUCCGCCCACGUUUCGUCUGUAGCAGCUCUAUUGAGACGUUCAACGGGCCAUAUCACUGCUGGAUCUCCCUACCCCGUCGUCCAAACCAAUUGCUCCGCCAUGGCUGAACAGGAUGAAGUCGCGAGCAAGGUCCUGCGAAGGGCCCAAGUCUCAAAGAUGACCCGAACGCUGCAAAACCGCCUCGCCCUGGCCAACGUUAAGAUGAAGAACGGCUGGGAGAGCCUCAGCCUAGAUGCCAUUGAACCCGUCCUCGACGGCGCUGAGCGCAAACGUAAGCGGCCCGGCUCCAGCAACGAAGCCAUGUCGGAUGUUUCGAGCGUCUCCGAGCGCUUCUAUCAACCCAGCGUCCUCGACUCCUCCCCACUCCAAGCCCCCAUAUUCUCCGACGAUGUCCGACGAUCUGUCAGCCGGUCCGUCAGCACAGGCAGUUACCUUCAAAACAAGCGGCCCCGUCAAGAUCGGACAAUGUACCCAGCAUCGAGCAACCACGCCCGUGUCAAAGUGAGGACAGCCACCAGCGCUGCUACCUCAUGGAAGAACAGCUUCCAACUGCCCGAGUCUUCGCCUGUAUACCAUCGCCGGCACGCACGUUUUGGUCGUCAACAUGUCCCUAGUCUGUCUUUCGUCUCCGAAACCUCGACCGUUCCCGAUCCACAUUCGCCCCUGCUCUCCGAAGACGAUGACGAAGACCUACCCAUCACAUCCUUCUCUAUCAACAGAUCGCAUUUUUCCCUCGACCGAUCGCACUUCCAGUCAUCGCCGCCGCCGCAAAGGGCCCCACGCACGCCGCCCCCUGAUGUUGCUCGCUCAGCACGUCUUCGACAACGUGGGUUCAAUGCUGCCGGCGCAGCUCGGGAAGGAAAACAAGGAGAUGACGAUGCGAACCUCUUGAUGUACCUGGCUACAUCACCAACACCAGUACGACCAGGUCACCAGAAGCCGCAGAUGCUUGCGCCAUCGACUCCACCACCCAAAGCGACACCUCUUCCCUCGUCAAUGAUGUCCACGCCCGGCGGUGGCGGCUCUCACUAUAUGGGUUUUGGACUUGCGACCCCGUCAACAAACCUCAAUUUUGCCGAGUUCCUCAACAUGUCGCCGAGUCCUGCCCAGGCCAAUGCAUCGUCAUGGAACCGCACCCCUGUGGCCACACGAACACCUGCUGCCGUCCGAGAAGCACGACGUCACCUCAAUUUCGAUAACAUUGGUCCUCCUGGUGACGCUUCCCAUAUGAACACUCAUGUUGGAAGAAUGGACGGUCCAAUGGACCUUGGCGGAGAGCUCAUCUCGUGAUCCUCACAUCAUCCUCCACACACAGCUCAGCACUCAUGUGGGCACGACGCAACGACACCGGGGCGACAUUGAGCAUGCGCAGUGCAUCGCCCCGCCACC